UUGACUUGGCUGUUUUGGUAAAUCAUGCUCCUUGUCACGCUCCUUGUCAGCAUGAAUCCUGAUGACACUCAGGGGUCGUUUGCUUGAGGGUUUUGGUGAUGGAUUUGGUCAUGGAAAUAUAUCCAUCAUGGACUUGAACCAAAAUCCAUCGUUUGCUUUAGGGAAUUAGGGAUAUGGAAUUUGUGGGGCCCACCUCUUUUGGGGUUCCAAAUCCGUGGACUCCACGGACUUGGAAGUUCCACCUCUUGAGGUGGGAUUUGGGUGAUGGAUUAAAAUCCAUGAUGGUAAAUUACCUUUCUAACCUUAAUUAUUUCUUAAUUACAAAUUUGUCCUACUUUAAUUCAAUGGUCAUGCAACUGUAAACUUUUAUAAUUUCGUAUUUUAUAAAUAUGAGAAUUUAUCAUUUCAUUUUGUAAUAUCAUAUUUUAUUUAAAUAUGAAUGUAUAUGUGAUUUGUUAGAUUCACCUAGAAACACUUUAUGCUCAUCUUGUACAUUAUUAUUUGAUUAAUUGUCUUGUCGGAUUCCACAUCGGUGAGUUAGCAAGAAGAUGAUGAGUUGUAGCAAUAAAGCGAGCAAUUGGCUGCAAUUGAUACAUAAUAUUGCGUACAUUAUUAGAUGACUUGUUAAUUAGUGCCAAAUUGUAAUACAUUUCUAUAUUUGUAGUUGAAUUAUUAAUCCACAAAGUGGUAAAGAGUUUAAAAUUUCUUUCUAUGUUUUGGAUUAGUUUUAAAUGAAAGAUUUGGAUUAUAAUAUAGAAAUAUAAUUAAAUAAGGGUAACUAGGUAAUUUGUAUUUAAUAUCCACAAAUCUAAUCAAACAAAGUCCAUCAUCAAAUCCAUCAAGCAAACAAUAGACUUGUUCAAAUCCAUAAUGCCACCAAAUCCAUCAUAUAUCCAUGGUUUUCCAAAACCCAGGUUUUACCAAAACCCUCAUUUUUCAAAUCCAUGAAACAAACGACCCGUCAAUUUAUAGUGUUCACUCUCAUAUUUGAUACAUUCUCCCUUCUAUCAAUGCAUCUCUAGUAAUUUUGAUUAUAUUUCAUAUGAAAUUCACAACUAUUUGAUUAAUGAGUGUAAGAUAUACCUUGAGAGUAGUUUAGUACUAUUUGACAUGGUCCAUUAAACCGUAUCGUACCGACGGUUCAACCACAAAAUACCAGUAUCAGAGGGUAAACCGAUAGGCGGUAUUUAACGGUACUAACGGUUGAACUACGGUUUUGUCAUAAAAUACCCUAUCGCUGACUUUUCCGGUACGGUCUCCGGUACGGUUUCAUGGACCAUGCUAUUUGAUGCCUUUAUGGUGUUGUUUUGUGUUUUUUCAAGGUUAUAUACCAAUUAAUACGAAUAUGGAUCACCAAGGAACCUAAUGGAUCAUAAGGAGGAUAAGAAUACAAGCUCAUGCACUCAAACAAAGAUGAAUUUGGACAUCGGAUGCUCACUGUAUAACCAAAAUAAGCAGAUAUGUAGUGCAACAGGCCUGACUUUUACCAAGACCCACGAGAUAUUUUCUUACUAGUGGACGCUCUACAAAUUAGAGGAGGAGCCACUUGACCCACAAGCAACCCAUCCCAAGCUAAAAAUCAGAAGCUACUUUGUCUCUAAGUCGAAGACAUUCGAGUUUUAGUCGUACAAGGAAGGAUUUGACAGAUUUUAGGAGGAAAAAGACUAGACCCCCCCCCCCCUUAUGUAACUACAAUAAAUAGGAGGCUAUUAUAGAGCUUAUGAACGCAACACAUUUUUACCAACACUCUGCUCUAGAGGCACGAGUAGCAAAUUGUAGAAAAGAGAAUUGCUGCUAGAAUUCAAAGGAGGAGCAUUCACCAUCGAUGCAUGUAUCAAUAGUGAUGUUGUUCUACUUCUCUUUGGAGUGCUAGUCGAUCGGUUUAAUGUUGUGAAUUAUAUCAUGUUUAUGCAUUGCUUUCAAUGACUCAAUGAGAUGCUCAUUUCGUUCUAUGGUUUGGUUCAUCGAUGCUUGUUGCUUUUGAUGCUUUACUGAAUCCAUGCUUUAAUAAUAUAUUGUCUGUGAUUAUUGAUGUUCUUUAUCAUAUGAUGUUUUGAUUGUUCUAUGUCUAUGAAUCUAUUAUGAAUGUUACUAUGUGUGUUGAUUAUACUACUAUCACGAGAGACAAGAAAGCUAAUCUCCUGUAGUAGGCAUCAUCAUUAGGCAUGCAUUAGAGGGGAAGUACAACCUUCUAGUGUUUGAAUGAUGAUAAUGCUAGAUACUUAAAGAUCCCCAAUUCUAUACACCGUUGUUAUAAAGUUUGAUUUGCUCCAUUUCAAAUUUCCUGCAACGAGAGUGAAAGUAGGAAUGAUAUUUUCGUCUAUACAAUCACUAUUUCUUUCAUAUAAAAAUAUAUCAAUGCUAGGAUUUGAACCACGGUCUCUCUCAUCAAAGACAAGAAUUAUAACCAAUUAAACUAGACACAUUUGUUGUCUUUAACUAAUACAAAACAUACAGGAAGUUAAAAUCUGAAAAGCAUAGUACAUUUGUAUCACGGUUAGCUAGCCCUCUAAGUCUCCUGUAUGUAUUUUGAGUAGUUUGAUACUUAUAUUUUCAUAUUUUAAUAAGUACUUUAGAAUUUUUUCUAACUUAUAAAUGAAUGAUAAUUUUAAAAUCUCAAUACAAAUAUCAUUGGUUGGAAUAUUGUACAUUGAAUUGAAGUGUUCAAUGACGACAUAAGAACACUGACACCGUACAUUUCAAGAAAAAUAAACAUGACAAACACGAAAACCCACUAGCUUGACUAUCUAUGCUAAAAAUAAAAACAUAUGUAUUAUAUUAUGAAAAAGAAUGUAUAUUAAAAAUCUCACAAAAACAAUAAAGACUUCCAUAUACGACCCCUUAUUUCAGCAUUGUAAUUAAUGAAAUAAUUUUUUAUCAAUAUGAUGCAAUGUUCAAGCUAAGUUCCAAUUAUUAAUCAUCAGUAUAUAGUAUUCAGCUUAGUAAACUAUUUCAAUAUCCACAACUAAUUAUUAAUGAUUACUUGCUUUCUGUUUGAUGAUUUAAUGUAACACUCUCAUGCAUACACUCUAAGCUUUUAUUUUCUUUUUUUCAAUAUUUUUUAUAGUUAUUUGUUAAAUCAACUAAUGUUUCUAGCUUUUCAUUCCUAAUUAUUCACUGCUUCCUACCAACCUAUGGGAAUGAUUAAUAUUUUUUUCAUGUAUAAUCUAUUAACUAUAAAUGUUGCUUAUCACUUAAAUUCAACGGUAUCCAUGUUAUGUUUGAUGUCUCCAACAUAUUCUCACAAUUUCUCGAAAAAGCAUCAUAUCUUGCGAUUGAUAUCAUAGUUUUGUUAGGUAAAGUUCAACAAACUCAAUCAAUAUUCGAACUCUUUGAAUUAUCUAUCUACAUGUGAAUAUGAAGUACUGAGUAGCUAAAACUCUACUUGAGUUAGUACGAUCUUUUGCGCUAUCAAUUAAUAUUCAAUACAUGAUUAUCUUAUUACAAUUUAGUCAUACUAAUUGUGCAGUAGGGGACAUCUUAUCAAAAUCAUAUUGAAAGACUCAUUGAUUGAUCAGUUUCGGGAUGUAAUCAAUUAUACCCCAUAGAAGUGAUCAAAUUUAUAAGAUGCUCUCAAAGUUUGCUAUAAUUACUGACGUUCAGCAACACGUUAAUCGUAAGGUGGUCAUUGGCCAUUUGUCUAUCUCCUAGCUCGCUUAGACGUUAUAAUAAACACAGAUUUUUAAUAAUGAUGAAUGAAGUAACAGUUCUGAAGCACUUUCUUACUUUAGUUAAAAUGAUUUAACAACAAAAAAAAAUAACUCUCAAGUUUAUAAUUUUGUUUACUAAAUGGUAUAAUUAAUUCAUUUAUGAGCUGAAAUAGCUAAUUAUAAGCACUUAAAUUGUAAGUUAAAACUCAUAUGAUACAAUUGUUUGACGAAAUGGUUUUUUUAUCAUAGAGUGGUUCUAUCGAGAGAGGUCUCUAAGAAACAUGGCUUAAUGUAUUAUUUAUUAGGUGGAUAUAAUAUAUAUCUUCAUCGUUACACAUUGGAUUCAAUUUAGUAUACUUUUUCGUUUAGAUAGAUUUUUGUAAUUAUAUUUUGGGAUAUAAUAUAUCAUUAUUGUAUGAUGGUGUAGGAUAUUAGUUCCUCUCAUUUUAGGUUCAAAUUGAUGCAUUUUCCCCUUUAUCGUUCCCUUUUGUCGGUUAAUAAUUUUUAUGAUAUUUUUCUCUAUGAAAUAUCGUGAGCAGAAUCUAUACACAACAAUUUGUGUUUUUUUCGCUUCCUCUUCUCUUGAUUAGAUAUUCCAUAUUGAUUCUUAUAUUGAUUAUUGAAUUACUACUUUUUUGUUAUGAAAUUUAUGAAACUAAGAUGCAUUUUUUUGAGAAAUAUGAAACUAAGAUGCAUAUUGAUAAAGAAUGUAAGGUGUCAUCUUCCCUCUUAAGGAUUAAGCACUACAUAUCAUUGUUUACCUACCGUUAUAACGUCUUUCUAACUUGAGUACGAGCUACAAUGACUUUUAUUGUUGUCGAUUUUCCCCAAAAUACUUGGUAUGUUGCUUUUAGUUUUCGCAUUCUUUUCAGUUUGAUUUAGCUUUUUAUGUGUUGCUCUAUCAGUUGAACUUGCCAGUUGCAUGCUUCGACUACAUUAAUGUCACAGUGACUUCUAUAUGAAAUGUCACUCGAAACAUGAGUGUGUGAGUUAGUUUGUUUCUUAUCAAGGACACUCUAAACAUAUACUUUGUUCCAUUAUAUCAUUGAAUACACUAAAGUCAAUGGAAAAGUCGAAACAUUUUAUCGUAUACUGAAGAUUGAUUAUGCAUGUAUGAUGUAAACCAACUCUUAUCGUGGUUCUUCUUAGUCGUGAUUGAAAUGGGGCUCUCCAAAGUCAAAAAGUGGGGGUGGGGGGGGAUCUGAUCUCUGAACAUUUUCUUUGUCCUUUUAGUCGACAAAGAAGGUUUGCUGGGGGGGGCAAAAUUCAAACAGGCACCAGUUGUUGGAAGUGGAUUCACUCAUGUAAACGGGGGAAACUGAACACAUCUUUCUUUCUUCUUCGGUAUUCAAUUUUCCACCUUUUAAAAACUUGGGAAAUGGGCUUCCGGUGGGGCCCCACAACCCACCGUCCAGGCCCAGUAGCACCACUAACCCAUGUUUAUAAAGAAAAAAGAAAAUAAAGCUUCACUUUUUUUAUAUAGUUUAAUUUCAACCGUCUUUUUAUUAUUUUAAUCCUCGCACAGAUCCAAUUAUUGAAUCCUUGACCUAAUUAGUGCUUAAAACUGCUAUUAUAAUAAUUACAGUAGAUAAAAAAAUUAAAUCGUGUCGGCUCUCUGGACAGGUGUGUGUCUGCUUUAUGGGUGAACAUACCAUAAAUCUGGUGUGGGGAGCAGUGACUGAUUAAGACAUGAAAUAUUGAAUACCUUUUUUUUUUUUUUUUUUUUUGUCUUGGCAUUGAACCUAAACCAAUCAGCGGCUCACAUUAGGAGUUUAUCUAAUGGACAAAAAUUGUUGUAAAAUUAAUUAAGGAAAGUUUUAAUGGCUCUCGCAGUCACCCAGCAGUGUGUAGUAAAGUUUCUGCCAUGGUCACUGAAUUUCAUGUCAUUCUCAUUUCUGCCCCACGAGAAAUUUGUGUAAGAGUCAAUUCAGUCACUCUACUUCUGUUUUUGUAAAUAACUUAACCACAUAGAUUACCUUGGGAGUAGAGGUGGCAAUUGGAUCGGAUUCGUGGAUUGGUGGAUCCAUGGAUCAAAUGGAUUGGAUUCAAUGGAUUGGUGGAGUGAUCCAUGAAUCCAAAUGACAUCCAAGGCUUGGACCAAAAUAUAAAAUUUGAAAAGUUUUGGUACUAAAAUGUCAUAAUGAAAAAAUUUAGGUACCAAAAUGUAAUUUUCCAAUGAUAUUUUCGUAUAAAGAUAUAUAUUUUAGGUACCAAAACGUAAAAUAUAAAAAAUAUAGGCACCAAAUCGUAAUUUGUCAUUUGGAUCCAUGGAUUGAUCCAUGAAUCCACCAAUCCAAUUAGAUUUGGAUCAAAUGGAUUGGAUUUAAAUGGAUUGGAUUAGGUGGAUAAUUUGGUGGAUGGAUUGGAUUUAUGGAUUUGGAUCCUAAUUACCACCUCUACUUGAGGGUAACAUCUCUCAAGCAUAUGAUUGGACACCAUUAGCGAAUGAAUAUGUCUUUUACUCUUGUCACUUAAAACUGCAUAAACGACAAACUACAGAUAUAAAUAUCAACGACAGAUGCGCUUCCAUCUGACAGUCAUAUCAAUAUCAGUUAAGACUUAAGAUACACAAUCAACUCGUCUGUUUCUCGUCCAAUAAUUUAAGUUUUGCCAUUCGCAGUGUCAAUCUCCGAAGAUCAAUCACUUGACCAACUUAACGAAACACUUACACGGGCGCGACCCGGAUCUCGAAUACAUCCAAAUCCAAUGAAUCGACCAAAACACGUUUAAAAAAAAAGUUCGGGAACCGAAACAAAAGGAAACGAUAAAGUCGAGUACCCACUAGCUAAAGAAGAAGGAAAAAUUUUAGUAAAUUGCACACCUUUUGCUUUCCUCCCUUUAUAACCACUCCCACUCUCUCCGGGAAAAUUUUCUCAGCAACCAAACCCGAACCAGAAAUCCCAGAAAGGGGGAAAAGAAGAAGGAAGAAAAAAUUCCUCACACUCCUCUCGCCCAAAUCGAAAUUAACAUCAUGCAGUACUACAGAAGAAGAGGCGACUCGAUCUUCGACAACUUCACCCUCAACCCGCUGCCUUACCCGGUCCUCCUAAUCCUCGCCGUAAUCGCCAUUUUCCUCGGCGGCUCCUGGUACUUCAGCUACGAGGAGCUCGUGGAGUCGACGGAGUCGUCGAUGGGCCUGGGCCUCUUCGUCCUGCCGGUGCUCCUGAUCUUCCUCGUGCGCUGGCUGUCGUCGAUGGAGUCCUGCGACAUGGCUUUUUUCGGGAUGUCGUCGCCGUGGGAUCGCCGGCGGCGGACCCACUACCAGGCUCCGGCGGAAGGGAGCUCGCCGUGGGGGGUCGCGGCGCUGAUUGUGUUGCUGCUGGUGCUGUUGCAGUUCCAGUCUGCUUUCCUUGACAGCUGGUUCUUCUAAUUGUGAUUUAAAUUACUGGUUUGCUUAAUUAGUUAAUUAUUAUUAUUAUAGAGGUGAUUAAGGAUAGGAAUCUGGAUCUUAUUUAUUUGUGGGGUUAUAGGAUAGAUCUAUGGUUUUCUUCGUUGUAAAUUAGUAAUGGAAUUUUUCCCCUGGCUUUCUGGCGUAAUAUGUGGAUAUUAAUAUUAAGUGUAUGAUUUUACCUUUGUGAUGUACUUUAUUUAUCAUCGUUAAUGUUAGUGAGAAAUUUUACAAUGUUAUAUAGUAUUGGUGCUAUAGGUUUUUGCUUUUAUGGUACAACUUAAAAUUGUACAUUUACGUUAUGGUACAUCAUAUUGUACCUAUACUUUUUGUACAAAUUCUUUUAUGGUACAACAUGAACUUAUACCUUUAUGUGAUGGUACAAUUUCAAGUUGUAAAGUUGUACCAUAACAUAAUGGUACAAAUUGCUUUAUGGUACAACCUAAACUUAUACAUUUAAUGUUAUGGUACAACAAUGAACUUUGAGUUGUACAUUAAAACACCAAUACUAUAUAGCAUAGUAGAAGUGCUCAAUGUUAGUUGAAAAUUAAUGCUCAUUUAGCAUUCUUGCUUGUAUGAAUUAUGAUUCAACCCUCACACCAAGAGUUCAAACAUAAAUUGAAAGUAAAAUAUUUUCUUCCUUUACUUCGUUUGAUAUAUAUAGUCGAUGUCAAUCAAACCGAAAUUUUGUACACGUCGAAUAAUAAGUUGUUAAUUUUCGAAAGAUUGAUGAUCUAAAAUUGGAAAAGAAGGAAGUGAUUACCUGAACGUCGCAUAAUUGUAUGUGUACCAAACAAUUAUUCAGGAUUUAGUUAGUCGUUCACUUUUAAAUUGUGGGCUUUUUAAAAAAAAUUGUUUAGUAUAAAAACCGCAAAAUUUUGGGUGAGGUUCAAUAAUUAUCUUAUAUCAUUUACUAGCAAGCCCGCUCAAAUGAAAACCAACUUAUGUAGCGUUCGAUGUUGAACAAAUUCGAAUAUCAUAUGCUUAGACAAAUGGGGUCGCCGAGAUUCGAACACAAAAAAUAUUGGUCAACCAAUAUCAAUUAGACGCCCUAAUUUUCUGUUAUGAGACGAGCUAUCGUAAUAAUUCGGGCAUAUUCCGAGCUCGUCUAUUUUGGUAGUUUAUUAAUUAUCAAGUGUUUAGGGAUAUUAUUAUUGUUUCCUAGUCUUAAGUAGGAUUGGUAUUGUCUUUUGGUAUAUGUUUAGGAUUUGAUUGUGGUGUCCUUGAAGGAGAAUGUUACAUUCAAUGGGUAGGAAUAGGGAAGAGUGGGCCGAAACCAUAAGAAAGAAGGAGAGGAUUCUAUGCCUAUAAAUAUGUAAUGUCUCAUUCGUUUAAUGAUAUGAAGAAGAUUGGAAUCCAAAUCUAGUUUAUUGUCUUUCAUUUUAUCGUAGUUUAGUAGUUUGCUCGCAAGAAAGUUACGAGACAAGAAUUCUUCAAUUCUGUGUCUCGUAACAUUUUCACUCUCAAUGACUAUUAUACCUAAUUUAUCAGUUUUUUUCUUGAUGGAUCUCGGGACACACCUACAACUGACUUUUCCAAUAUAACCUUUGGUACGGUUUUAUGAUUCGUGUUUUACAAACUUGGUUAGAUCUCUUAGUCAAAUUUGCUUCAUUAUGUGCUUCAGUAUCUGCAUUGUCAAAUUUUAUAAUCAUUAUGAAUUCAUUUUGUGUACUGAUUGGUAAGAUCUCUUUAUCAAAUUUCCAUUGUGGUAAGUUAUCCACUUGUGCAAGCAAUUUCAAAAUUUUACCCAAAAAAUAAACAGAAAUUCAAUUUGUUACCAAAACAAAAUAAAAAUACAACGUUAAUUUCAGU